GUUGAUAUCUGAAUCAACAGUUGAAAAAAUAUAUAAUUUGUAGUUUUUCUUUAUUUAUACAAUAUGAGUAAAUAUCUAGCCCUGAAUUUUGUUUUUGGAGUGGUUGUGUUCUUCAUCGGAAUAUGUAAGGUGUUAUCAAUAGACCUAGAUGAUAGUCAAAUGUUGGAAGAACUGCUAAAUCCUCAAGAGAGUCAAUCAAUACAAAUCAGAGCACUGCGCCGGGAAUUGUUGAAAAAGGUUCAGGAAGCUUUAGAACGGCUCGAGGAUGAAGAGGAGUAUCAAAGAGCUAAUGAGGCUCUAUCAAGGUGGAACGCAAUACCGGAACAGAAAAGAAACUUGCAGUCAUUAGCAAGGGCCGGCUACAUUAAAACUCUUCCAGACGAAGAAGAUGACUCUAACUAUAAACGAAGCAUCGCUAAUUUGGCAAAAAACGGGCAGCUCCCAAAGCGCCCAGACGAACAAAAGCGUGGUAUAGAGUCUUUAGCCAGAAAUGGAGACUUACGCUUAAGGAGGGAACUCCAAGGCCUACUGGAGAACCUCUCCGAUAAAAGACACAUCGGUAGUUUGGCUCGGAGCUAUGAUUUACCAUUUAACGGCAAAAGAUCUUUAAGCAGCUUGGCCAAGUCCGGAGAUCUUCUGAAGCAUAUGCAGUACAAACGAAGCCCAAACUCACAGGAGCCGGUUGAAGCUGGAGCCUCUAAUACAAUUAGUAAACAAUCUCCAGACAAUCUAACCGGCUACAAGCAGCCAUUGUCGGAAGACAAAGGAGCAUCGGGAGAAUCAAAGAGAGGAAAGAGAGAAGCGGAUUAUUAUUAUGAAAAUGGGAACGAAAAUUAUUCACCGGUCUAUCAAAACACGUACGAUUAUGACGACUUGAUCCAGGAUCUGCAUGACGCUUAUCCAGAAGUAGGAAAACGGUUUUUGGGUACGUGA